CCCCAUCUCCCCUUUCAAACGAUUGCCUUUCUCUCUCUCUAGACCUUUCGUUUUCUUCUGUGUUCGUAUGGAAUCAAACUCAUUCACCCCUUCCAUAGAUGCUAGUCUCCUUUCCUCUGGGCCAUCUAUUGAUUCCAACAUGAAAAGCCUACCCCUUUCCGAUGUACACUCACAUCUGUCCAACCCUAGCCAAUCUGAAGAUUGUCUCGUCGUAGCCACCGUCAUUGAAGAAGAAUCUGAGGGUGCAUGCUGGUGGACAUCAACGGAAACGGAUCCGGGUUGGGCGCUAAGAAAGAGGCAUGGCUCCCAGUUCGAUGACAGUUCUCAAUCGGUGGAAGAAGGCGAGGAGGAAUAGAUAGAGUAGCAGUUGUAGUUCCGGUUGAGAAAGGUGUUGCAGCUGCAGUGACAUUUAAGGAAGCAUGACCUUGUAGAGAGAGAGACAAAGAAAGAUCCAUGGGAGUAGUAAAUGAUCAGAAAGAGGUUGUUGUGCUGCAUUUAAGUGUAAUUUUUUGGGUUUGGG